AUGGGCUUCCAGAAGUUCUCCCUCAUCCUAGCUCUCAGCAUCUUGGUCCUGUACCAGGUGGGCAGCCUCCAGGCAGUGCCAUUCCGGUCCAACCUGGAGAGCAUCCCAGGACUGGAUAUGCUCAGUAAGAAGCAAGCGCGCCGCCUACUGGCUGCACUGGCGCAGGACUACGUGCAGAUGAAGGCUGGUGACCUGGAACAGGAGCCGGAGACAGAGGACUCCAGCGUGGACAGCGCCAGAACCGGGGGGUGCGGUAAUCUGAGUACUUGCCUGCUGGACAAUUUCAUACAGGACCUCCACAAGUUAAAAAACUCCAACCGAACUGAUACUGGCCCUGGAUCACCUGGAAAGAAAAGAGAUAUGGCCAGACACUUGGAGAGAGACCACCGCCCUCAUGUCAGCAGGUCCCUGGAUGCCGACUAA